CGUAUCGCCAUUCUACCCAACCGCAACGAAAAUGAGCCCAGGCGAUAAAGGCUGAGUCCGUCCGUCGAAAAGCGAGCGCAGAGUGGGAGAGAGAAGGGGGUCGAUUCGGAGAGAUCGAGAAAGAGGAGGGAGGCGGAGGGCGACGUGGCGGUGGGUGCUGAAGCGGAGCCUGCAGCGCCCGCUCGAGUACUCGCCGGAUCGCCCGACCUGCCGGUACAGCGCUGCAGACAGCCUGAUCCGGCCGAUCCGGCGGGAAUGGCGGCGCGAGGAGGGAUCUAGCGGAGGUGGUGGGGUCGCGCGGCAAUGGCGGAGGCAGAGCCGCGGCGCCGGUGGGCGGUGUGGGCGCUACUGCUGCUGCUCCACCCCGCCGCGCUCGUGCUCGCCAACACCGAAGGUGCGCGGUGAUGCCUUGCAUAGCUUACGUACCAACUUAAAUGAUCCUAAUAAUGUUCUACAAAGUUGGGAUCCCACUCUGGUCAACCCCUGCACUUGGUUUCAUGUUACCUGCAAUAAUGACAACAGUGUCAUCAGAGUUGAUCUUGGAAAUGCUGCACUAUCAGGAACUUUGGUUCCGCAACUUGGACAGCUCUAAAACUUGCAGUACCUGGAGCUCUACAGUAAUAAUAUCAGCGGAAUUAUACCUAGUGGAUUUGGAAACCUUACAAACUUGGUCAGUUUGGAUUUGUACCUGAACAACUUCACUGGUCCAAUACCAGAUUCAUUGGGGAAGCUAUUGAAGCUGCGGUUCUUGCGUCUUAACAACAACAGCCUUUCUGGUUCAAUUCCAAAAUCAUUAACUGCUAUCACUGCACUCCAAGUUCUGGAUCUGUCAAAUAACAAUUUGUCUGGAGAAGUUCCAUCAACUGGUUCCUUUUCUUUAUUCACCCCUAUCAGGAAGUAGCUCUUCUAGUACUGGAGCAAUUGCUGGUGGAGUGGCUGCUGGCACAGCCUUGCUAUUUGCUGUUCCUGCAAUUAGUUUUGCCUAUUGGCAGCGCAGGAAACCACAAGAACAUUUCUUUGAAGUACCUGCCGAGGAAGAUCCAGAGGUGCAUCUUGGCCAGCUUAAAAGAUUUUCACUACGAGAAUUACAAGUUGCAACAGAUGGCUUCUGCAAUAAGAACAUUCUUGGAAGAGGUGGAUUUGGCAAAGUCUACAAAGGACGGCUGGCAGAUGGAUCUUUGGUUGCUGUUAAGAGACUAAAGGAGGAGCGCACGCCUGGUGGGGAAUUACAGUUUCAAACAGAAGUUGAGAUGAUUAGUAUGGCUGUACACAGAAAUCUAUUGCGUCUUCGUGGAUUCUGUAUGACACCAACAGAAAGGUUGCUUGUGUAUCCAUACAUGGCUAAUGGAAGUGUUGCAUCACGUUUAAGAGACCGGGCACCAGCUGAACCUCCGCUAGAUUGGCAAACAAGGAGAAGGAUUGCUUUGGGUUCUGCUAGGGGCCUGUCUUAUUUACAUGACCAUUGUGACCCAAAGAUUAUUCAUCGUGAUGUCAAAGCUGCAAAUAUUUUGUUAGAUGAAGACUUCGAGGCUGUGGUGGGGGAUUUUGGUUUGGCCAAACUAAUGGAUUACAAGGAUACCCAUGUAACUACUGCUGUUCGUGGAACAAUUGGGCACAUUGCACCUGAAUACCUUUCAACAGGAAAAUCCUCUGAGAAAACUGAUGUAUUUGGCUAUGGAAUUACACUUUUAGAGCUUAUUACAGGACAGCGGGCCUUCGAUCUAGCUUGCCUUGCUAAUGAUGAUGAUGUCAUGCUUCUUGAUUGGGCUGACAGCUGAACAAGUAGUGACAUGCUCCUGUCCCUGAAAGUCAAGGGAUUGCUCAAGGAGAAGAAACUGGAGAGUCUGGUCGACCAAGAUCUAGAACACAACUACGUCGACGUUGAGGUGGAAUCUCUGGUACAGGUCGCACUCCUCUGCACUCAGAGCAACCCCAUGGAACGCCCUAAGAUGUCAGAGGUUGUGAGGAUGCUCGAAGGCGAUGGUCUCGCCGAGAGAUGGGAGGAGUGGCAGAAAGCGGAAGUAGUACGGCAAGAGGUCGAGCUAGGCCCUCAUCGAACUUCGGAAUGGAUCCUCGACUUGACCGACAACCUCCACGCUGAACAGCUGUCAGGGCCGAGGUGAAGGCAGCUUUGGACUCACUGAUUCUUGUAUCUUGCAAGGGCAAUAGCGAUGUGUAUCAAUCAUCCUAGUCAAGAAUCCCCCAUUUGUUCAUACCAAUCGUUGGGUGAAGCGAGGAGAUGUGGUCAGCCAUGAUGUGCAUUGGAUGUAUGUUGCUGAGGUGACAUGGCUGAGUUCAUAUAUGCGAGGGCAGCAGAGCUCGACAAGCUAGUGUCGUGCGCUGUCGGUGCAUGCACUAGUGGUCCUGGAUUUGCGAAGGUAGGGGGAGCUAAGGUGCUGUGGCUGUCAUCUGGGUCUGCGAUAAGUUAAUUGUACUGACAGUUGACAUCUAACUAUUUUGUGUAUCUAAUGUAAGGUUGGAAGGAACUGACGCGAACCGUUCUGACUC